GUGAACAUCUUGUUACAAUUAAACAUAUAUUUUAUUUAAACACGUGUUUUGACACUUUCUCUUUACCAGUGAACAUACUUAUUUCGGUGAAUUUUUGCCGGUGAUAAUCAAAUUGUUUGAAUUUAGUGAUAAAAGUGAAUACUGUUUGUUGGAGAUGGAGCAAACGCACAAAAUUACAAUUCAAAUUUGCAUUUUUGCAUUGGCCUUAUUAGUGGUCGCUCAUAUUCAGAUGGCAGAGGCGAAACCGACUUGGAGAUCGCCGUAUCAAAAUUCAAUUGACCGAAAUCUUGGGAUGUGCGAUUCUGAUGAAGAAGUGAUGGAAUUAUGCCAACGUUGUGCCAAAGUAACCAAGUCCAACACAGUCUUCCCAAUGUGCUGUGAUAACCACGAUGAAGCUUUGACGUGGUGUAACCAAUAUGUCAAUUUUGGAAAGCCAUAAAUAUUUAAAAAGAAUCGAUCACUACAAAUUUAAACAAAAUUCUAACAUAUGAAAAACAAUAACGAAAAACCUCUCACAUAUAACAUAGGUUGAAGAUGAGAGUUAUCAUUCCAGACAACUUCAGAAUUCGCCUAUUCCAAAUUUUCUGAGAUAUUUGGACCAAAAUAUAAAUAUUGAUGGAAUUCAUCAUCAAAUGCCAAAAGUAUUAAUAGAUAUAUAAAUUAAAUUCAAACAAGGUAAUUUAAUGACGAGGCAACUAUGGAUGUGGAAACUUCGUUAUCAAAACCUAACUCUAUAAAGUAUUUAAUGAUUAAUGAAGAUUACAUCAUUGUUGAAACCAGUGUCAAUUUAUCAAAAACGACAAUCAUCAACCUUGUCAAGUGCCCAAAACAUAUGUUAGAAAUGAUUAGUAUUUAAGUAAUUGACUGAAAAAUUAAAAGAUAAAUAAAUUUGUGUAAGAUUUUACAUUGAUUUAUGACGAUAAAUCACUUGAAUAUGAGAAGCUCUAAACUAUUAUCUAAAUAUUGUAAGUAUUUUAAUUUUAAAAGGAAUUGAAAGAAAAAUAUUC